AUUUAGUCAUUAUUUUGCGACGAGAUUAUCCGCCGUCGAAAUUCUUGUCCUCACGAAGGCAACGAUUUUCACACGGCAGAAAGAAACAGAGCAGAAACAAAACAAAUCAUCUCAAAAACUUUUCAUACUUUGAAGUCAGUUUCAACUUCCAACUUUACAAUCAAACCUUCCAUUAACGAACCCUUAACUGUACCAGAUUGUGUGCUUUGUUGGCCCCAAUUUCUUUUUGGGACUCCAACAACCAUAACAAAACACACGCACAAAAGGAUCCAAAUUUCAUAGCGAGUGCUGUGAGUUGUGACCGCAUCUUCCAUUUCUCUCCUCUCUGAACCAUGGGCUGUGGCUCCUCCACUCUAGGUAGGGAUUCGAGACCGCUUGGUCGAGACAAUUCUGAGAAUGGUGGAGGGCAGGACGCCAAGAACCUUCGUGUUAAGCUUGUUCUCUUAGGUGAUUCUGGCGUCGGUAAAAGCUGUAUUGUUCUACGGUUUGUCCGUGGUCAAUUCGAUCCAACAUCCAAGGUAACUGUUGGAGCAUCUUUUUUGUCGCAAACGAUAGCACUGCAAGACUCUACAACAGUUAAGUUUGAAAUAUGGGAUACUGCUGGUCAAGAGAGGUAUGCUGCAUUGGCACCCCUAUAUUAUCGUGGUGCAGCGGUUGCAGUUAUUGUCUAUGAUAUUACAAGCCCGGAAUCUUUCAGCAAAGCACAAUACUGGGUUAAGGAGCUACAAAAGCACGGAAGCCCUGAAAUAGUUCUGGCAUUGGUUGGUAAUAAAGCUGAUCUUCAUGAGAAGCGAGAGGUGGCUGUUCAGGAUGGCAUUGACUAUGCAGAGAAGAACGGAAUGUUCUUUAUAGAGACAUCUGCAAAGACAGCAGACAACAUAAAUGAACUCUUUGAGGACAUUAUUGAUCAUGCUAGUAGCAAGCUUCCCCACCAUGCUCUUGCAGCCUGAAGGUAGCUGUACCAAAAUGAUAUAUAUAUAUAUAUAUAUUGCACAAGCCAAAGAUGAUCUCAGGGGAAGGACUCCUGUCCCGUGAAACUUCCAAACUUGAGCCUUUUCUGAUGGUGGUGAUGUCAGUCAAUAACACCAACUUUAGCCAAUAGAAAAUGUUUUAGAGAAGACCAAGCGAAUUAAAGUGGCCUAGAUCUGGAUCACAUUUUAAUGCCAUCUAGGAUUGCUGCUUCUAGAGGAGUUGAACAAACAUGCUGGCAUGCGCAAACUGCUAGGUAGAGCCUCCUCUGUCUGGAAAACUGCAAAGCCUCUCAAGAAUUACUACUGACCUUCUCAUAAGGCACUGAGGAUACUAAAAUAAAGAUAAUAGGAGUAGGCAUGAAGUCGAAGAUGCUCUUUUUUUUUUCCCCCUUCUUUUGUGGGUUCAGAAGCUAUGAUUGACCUGCUAUCCCUUUGCACAUGAUCUGAUUGAUGGUGUUACUUUUAGCUCAUAUACAACGGGAUUGACAUGUGUUGUCAGUUUUCAUUUUUGUUUCUGCUGCGAGGAUGUUUUACACUCUUUUGUAUUACUUUUUAUAUGUUAUGUACCAAGCCAAUUAGAAAUUAGAGACCUAACUGUAAUUGAGUGAAAUAUGGGCUAGGGUGGGUUUUGUAACUAACUUGCAAGUGAGUGAGGGACAGUGAGCAUUUUGUUAUGAGAGAGAGGUGGGAACUAUAAGCCGUGUGAGAAGUAGUGAGAGGGCAUGGGAAAAGAUGGAGAAAGAUGGAUUUAGACGCUAGGAGAGAAUCAGGUCUACCUGAUACUUUUGUGAUAUCUUCCUUUUACUAAAUAAUAAUAACGAAUACUGGGAAAUUGGGUGAUAUCUCACUGAUAUCACUCCCUCUCCCAUGCCCUUUUAUUACCGUUUCAUUCUUCUAUUUACUCUAGAUGCCAGGUUCUUACAUUGUACUUAUUUAAUUAAAAAAUUAUUACCGUGCCUACUUUUUUCUGACCUAUAUCAUCCUUAAGGCCCCAUUUGGUAAUCAUACUAAGACCCAAAAUACAGCUUGUUGAGACAGUAGAGACAGAAGUCUGUUCCCACAUUUUGGGUGAACAAAAAUUACAAAGUUCAUCUGUUCCAAGACGGAAAUAUGUUGCCUAUCUCCUUAUCUAUCUCCUCCAACCAGCUUGCAUCCUGGAAUAUCUUUGUAAUUUUGUCUAGGAUAGUCUUCAAACGCAGCCUAAAAAUUUGUUGGGAGGGAACUCAGAAUUAGUGAUUGCUGCCUUUAUUCCGUAAUUCAAUGAUAUCGUUUGAUCCAUGUAGUUGAUCCCACCUAGUGGGAUAAAACUUUGUUGUUGUUGCUGUAUAACAUUGGUUAGAUAUUAUUUGAUUAAGUCAUUCAAGCAUAUCAUAAAUGUAGCCAACAAUGUGAAGUCCAAUAUGCAAUAGAUCUUGAAAAUUUGAUUCGAUGGUCUCUGGUUCUCUGGUUACCAGUGUAUGGGGAAGGGGACAAUACCCUAAAGUUUAGGCGAAGUAACCUGGCCAAGAUUAAAUCCUAGGUUCAAGUAGUCUCCUUAGAGACCUGGAUAAAUGCACUCAAGAUCUUUCAUCUUUACCAUUCAAAAUAUGCAUUAGAUGUCAUUGCUUUUUACUCUUAGGGUAUGUUUGGUUGGGAGGUAAAAUUGUAAGAAAAGUUUUUAAGGAUAAGCUCCAUGCGAAGCCUAUACUCGAGUCUUGACCUUAAAGAAUCGUAUUAGUAUGACGGUUAGAAUCCUACCUGCACAUGCAAUUCUAAUAAUUUUUCAAUUGGUAAUACUUGAAUGGAGUUUUCACCUUCUGAUCUGGCUGUCCUUUUCUCCUCCUCUCUACUUCUCAUGUUUGUAAUCUUCAUUUUCACAUCUGUUAUUAUUUGAUGCAUCACUAUGCAUAUCAUGAUGCUAUAUAUCAAUAGUUUCAUUGGGAAAAUCCUCUUUAAGUAAAUGUGUAUGGACAUUCGUAUUAUGCUUAAAGAUUGAUCACUUGU